GGGCAGCGCUGGAGCAGGGAGAAAGUGGACACGGGGCCGUGCUUUGAGGAUGGAGCACCCGCAGAUGUCAUCUCAAGAACUUGCUACAAGAGGACCGACAGAAAGAAAAGUGAAAUCAGGCACAGAUGGAAGCCGAGGCCCCACUUCUCAGCUGCUGCUCUUCCCGUUUAAGGAGGGCUGCCUAUUUGCUGCGCUCAGCUCCAGCUGCCGCCCCGGGGAUCCUCCUAGGGGGCCGGGCAGCCCGGCAGCGCAGGAAGGAGAGCUGUGAGCCCGAUGGGGCACCGCGCCCUUGCGGGAAGUGACAGCAGUUCCAGUCCCCGCCCAGCCAUUUCACCAGCACGGCUCUCCUUUCGGCCCGCCCUUCGCCCUGUUGCAUCGUUUUGCGGACGCCAUGGCGGAGCCGCGGGUGCUGAAGGAGUUAGAGGAGGAGCUGAUCUGCUCCGUCUGCCUGGACGUUUACAGGAACCCUGUGUCCCUCAGCUGUGGCCACAGCUUCUGCGAGGCGUGCAUCCAGGGCGUGCUUAGCAAUCAGCGUUACCCGCAGGGGCUCCUCAGCUGCCCGCUGUGCAGCGCCCAGGAAGCCCUUCCUACGAAGCUGCAGCCCAACAUCCAGCUCCGCAGCGUAGUGCAGAAGUUUUUGGACACCAGUGAGCAAAAUGCCACUCUUGAAGAGGAAGUAAAACGUGAAAUGGAAUGUGAAGAGGAGGGAGAAAGUUCAGACUUGCGUGAUGAGGAGAUCCUGUGUGAUUUCUGCCUUGAGAAGCCUCAGCCAGCAGUGAAAACGUGCAUGAACUGCGAGACCUCCCUGUGCGAGGCCCACCUGGGCAAGCACAGCACAAAGGCCUUCCUGACAAGCCACGUCCUGAUGGAGCCCUGUGAUGCUCGUGUUUUGGCGGAAAGGAGAUGCUCCCAGCAUGGCAAGCUGCUGGAAUGCUACUGUGUGACGGACUCGAUCUGUGUCUGCAUGCUGUGCUGUGCCACCAGCUCCCACAGGAGCCAUGAAAUCAUCAGUGUGGAAGAGGCUUUUGGCCAAGCACAGGAUGCUUUUCCUAAAACUGUGCAAACACUGAAAAAACAUGAAGCUGCAGUGAAUAAAAGCUUGGAAAAUCUGCUGUCACAACAGGAGAAGAUAAAGGCAUUGGAAAGAUUGCACAGGAAUCAGCUGGAGAACUCUUUCAAUGCGAUUUGUGAGCAGCUGGAUAGAAGCAAAACAGAGGUCCUGGGAGCCAUCAGUGACAUUGAGAAGCAGCAGCUUUCUCAGAUUGAGCCGUGGAUAAAAGAACACAACAAGAUGAAGGAUGCUGCCAGCCGCAAUGUGCAGGAGUUGGAGGCUUUGAGGGAUCAGAAGGAUCCAGUACUCUUUCUUAAGAGUUGGUCAGCAAUACAAGCCAGGAAGAGGGAACGAGUCCGUAAUAAAGAUGGUGUAGAACUGGCAAAGCUGCUCAGUAUUACGGAUGAAUCAAUGAAAAAGACCAUUCAAGAGCGUUUCCAGCCUUAUGUCGACUUAAUCUUGGAUGCAAAGCCCUCAGUGAAAUCAUCACCUACUCAUGAACAUCUGACUUUCAAAUCAUGUCAAGCACAUGGACUACAAGUAGAUGACAAGGUGCUCAGAGUAGUCAGUCUACCUUGCGCAUUUCCUGUGCCAAUCGAAAUGCCGUUCUGGGUGUACAGCACCAGCAGCUUCUCGAAUGGCCAGCACUUCUGGGAGGUGAUCACCCGUGACUCAUUGUGCUGGAAAGUGGGUGUUGCUGAUGACAGUUUUCAAUGCUACCUGGAAAUGUCUCAGCAUCAGCUCAGCGUGUUUCUAGAUAAAAGAUGGAUUAAAGUCCAGUUACUUUAUAAUAAAGCCAUCAGAAUGGUCAGGGUAGAGCUAGACUGCGAAAGAAAGACAGUGUCAUUUUUUGAUGCGUCUGUCAAGGAUUAUUCAGGCUCUUCUAGGAGCUGUGUGCUCAUAGAUACAGUAAGCAUCCCUUCAAGCUCUCCUGUCCAUGCUGUCUUCAGCAUUUCUCAUGGCUCCCUUUCACUCCCAUAGUGACGUGGGGGCAAAGCUGCCUUGCCUUUCUGCUCCCUACAUUCUCUACAUUUUGGGGCUGCAGCUGCACAGACUGCCACCCUGGCACAGUAUAAACCAGGCUUCAGGCUGGGCCUGCUUGCAACCUGCUUCUGAGCUAUAAUAAGGUUCUGGUCUUUUGCAGCAAUGGGCUGCGUUGAGAGAAUGAGAAAAUGGGCCAUCAAAUACAUCUACAGUCAAAUGUACCUCCUCAGGUUUUUGGUAUUUUUGUUUCAGUAUUGUACUUUUGCUGAACUGUAUAGAUUGCUGUGUUGGAUGGAUAUUAUUAAAGUAAUUUUG